AUGUUGACACUUAAAAAUACUUACUCUAAAUUGCUUGCUACUAAAUCUAUUAGAUAUUAAAUUCAAUCUACCUCCUUAAAUAGAAAGUUCACAUAGAAACCACUAAGUGAACUUACUAAGGAGGACAUAGAUAGAGAAAUGAAAAUUUUUGAAGAACUUAACUCAAAAGUUUAUGAAGUUGAUAUAGAAGAUAUGAAUAGACAUACGAUACCAAAUAAUGUUACAGAUGACACAAAACUCCCAUACAUAUUUGAUAAGGAUAGAACUUAAAUUGACUUUAUGGGGGAAAUUAAUACAAUUGAAAAGCAUUAAGAACUUUUUACUAGAACCAGAAUUAGUCUAUUGAUGAGGAAAGUGUACAUCCCUAAAUUCAAAGCUAAAGCUUUUAGUUCAUAUAUUUAUGGACCAGAAGACUAGUAUAAUAUGUAAAAUUACAAACACAAUGUCAAUAAGAUGGAAGUAUUUGGAAAUCCUGAUAGAUCUAAAGAUGAUGUGAUCUUAGGCAUUGAAUCAUCUUUUGACAAUUCAGCAACUGCUUUAGUGAAUUCAUUUGGAGAAAUCAAGGCAAUUAAUAGUAUUGACAUGUGGGACUAAUGGGAACUUUUAGAUGGAAUAGAACCUGGGGUUUCUGCUGAGAGACAUGCCGUAAAUUUACCCUUGUCUGUAGAAUCAGUAAUUGAUGAAUAUAAAAUUUCCAAAAACGAUAAAAGAUUGAAGGCUAUCGCAGUAACAAUUGGGCCAGGUCAAGAAAAAUCUUUGCAACAAGGAAUUAAUUUAGCAUAGACAUCAAGAUUCUCAUUGGAAGAUAGCCCUCGCUAAAAUUUCAAUGAAGCUUAGGUUCCAUUUAUCCCAUUUCCAUUUGUUAGUGUAUUAGUAACUGGAAAGCAUACAGAAAUAGUUUUAAAUAGAGGAAUAGGAAUUCAUACAAUUUUGGGUACUACUGUUGAUAUAGCCGCAGGAGAUGCAAUGGAUAAAGCCACUGCAAUGGUGCUUAAAAAUGAAAAAAUACUGUUUAAUAAUGAGGGAAGAAUUAAAUUUAUGAAUGAAUACAAUCAAAGUAAUCCAAAUGAUUAAAUCCCUCAUGAUUACUUUGAUUUCUUAAAAUAAAAGGAUGUCCAUCGUGGUGGGUUACUUGAAAAGUUAGCUAAGUAUGGAGAUCCAUCAGAAUUUGAAUUCCCGAUAGGUUUUAAAUAUGAUCCUAAUGCAGAUGUGACAUUUUCUGGCUUGAGAACAUAAGUUAUGUCAUGUUUUUAUGUGAGACCAGAAGACUCUGGGAUUCCAAUAUAUGAAAGAGAACCGAGAUCUUUUUCAUUCAAGCAGCUGCUAAACUUUUCAGCUUCAGUUUAGUUCUCUGUCUUAAAACAAAUAUCAAAUAAGACAAAAGUUGCACUUGAUUGGGUGAAUAGUUAAAACAUUCAUAUCAAUGCAUUGAACUUUUGUGGUGGAGUUUCAUGCAAUGAAGAGAUGAGAAGAAUGCUUGGGGUGGUAGCUAAAGAGUACAAUGUGCCUUUGGCUUAUUCUCCUAAGAGUCUAUGUACUGACAAUGCAGCAAUGAUCGCUUGGAUGGGCUGGGAACUUAAAAAUUGCAAUUAAGAUGUUGACAUAAGAUAAACGAGAAUUAAUCCUUUGAAAUCAAUUCCCUUAGGAAGUUAUGUUGUAGGCUUGAUUAAUCAAAAGAAUUCAGAUUUGAAAAAAAUUGCGACAGCAAAGCAAAAUGACUUCAAGGAAGUGAACAACUUGUUUGCAUACUAAGUGAAGGAUCCAUCAGUGCUAACUCAGAAAUAGAGAAUCAACAGACUCUACAAAGGUACAAUGAGGAAGUUGAUGGCUCAGCAUGUUUUCACAGUGAAGAGAGCUAACUUAGAUAGAUUUUAUGAAGAAUAAUAUAAAGCAAGAAGGGAUUUCGAGAAAAUAAUGGAGUCUCAAGAUCAGAAGGAAAUUGACAUCAUGAUUGAGAAGUAUGAGUUAUACAUCGAAGAUGCAUUCGAACCAUAUGCUGCCAUGCACGAUAGCAGACAACACUCAAAUUUGUGGGGUAAAAUGAUGAUCUAUAGCAAUGAGGCACUGCAAACUGAUCACAUCGGCUACUACAAACCAGUUCUUGUUACUGGAAAGCCUACAUCAGUUCACUUCCACGAACAAUACCCUCACAUGACCACUCCAUGGGUAUAUGAUGAAAAGUACUUGAAUGAAGACUUCAACUACGAAGACUUAGAGAAACAAUACCUCAAUAAAACUGCUCACAGCACAAAUGAUGCUCAGGAUGUGAAGAGCCAGCUCGACCAAGCUCAUAGAUUAUGA